AAUAUUAAUCAAGCAAAUCAAAUUGGCUAUGCUCAGCAUGCUAAACAUAAACAAUGGCGUCAGCCCAGCCGGAGGUGAUUUACAAGGGCUGGCUGAAGAAAUCUACUGAACCAGAGUCAAAUGCCAAGAAGAAGAAUUUCCUGAAUCGCUCGUCGUCGAGUUGGAAGAAACGCUACGUUGUUUUACUGAAAGAAACAGAAGAUAACCAGGAUGUUGCUGUGUUGGCCGUCUUUGACAAGGAUGUGGCGUGCAACUUUAAUAAACCUCGAGCAAGCCUCAGAUUGUCGCCGUGGUACAGGGUAGAUAAGAAGUACGACCCGACCGGCAAGCAGCACAUCUUUGAGGUCAGGACUUCAAGGUCAACAUGGCGGUUCUUAGCGGACAGCCAGACCGUCAUGGAUCUCUGGGUCUUCUACCUGCAGAUCCAGGCCAAUCUAAGAACAGAUUUCCCAGGAAGAUGUUUUGAAGUAUCUCCCGAUGAUUCUGAGUCGAUGAGACGGAUUGGCGCGAGGGCUUCUCAAUGCCUGCUUCAUCUUUCAAAGUGGGGUCUCACACUCGCUCUCAAGCGUACCAGGUCCCUGGUGGCCCAGUGGCCGCUGAAGUGCAUCCGCGAGUUUGAGAGCUCUGAGACCGGCCGCUUCUCCUUCAAGGCUGGACGAAACUCACCAAUGGGGGCGGCUGACUAUGUCUUUGCCACAGUGCUAGGUCAGGACGGUGAGAUAUACGACCUCCUGGAUGCCUAUACAACAGAAGACCUUAGUAGUCAGCCGGAGAACCAGUCAGGUCCUGCAUCAGCCGAAGUAGUUAACCAAGACUAUGAGAGGCUGAGAUUAGCAACCUUUGGUCUCCUUCCGCGGAGGGGCUCAGAAGGUCGACCGAUCUCCCCUAACCACACCCAGCACAGCCAGGCCGUCCCUGUCCCUGGACGACCCAAGAACUAUGAUCGGCUGGACCGAUCAAGAGAUGGUUCCAACAAAAGACUUGACAGGACCAAGAGUGACAAAGUGAAGAGAACUCAGGCGGCGCCACCGGUACCAUCUCGUACCCCGUCCCUACCCCCGAAGACAUCCCGCCCUCCCAGCGCAUCCUCGUCUCUGGCCAUGGAACCAGAAUACAACCUCCCGUAUGCAGACAUGGGAGGAAGAACAGUGGAGGAUGAGAACCUGCCGUACACCGAGAUGGGUUCUGCAUCAGUCAACACACUCACCAGGCAAGGGUUGGGUCGUGACAGCAAGGACCGGAUGACCUGGGAUGUACCCAUUCCCCGAACUCUGACGAAUAGCACCGCGGCCAGUGACAGAUCGAGUUACCAGUUAAUGGAUUUCACACCCCAGUCGUACCGUAACACGCUCACGCAGAGCUAUGAGAACACCCCCCUCAUCAGUCCCAGUCCAAGGGCGAGAGGGAUGUCCAAUGGAGGGUUUGUGAAUUCCCCGAUGCAAAGGGCGAUGACGGAGAUGACGAUACAGGAUCAUGAGUAUCACAUGGUGGAAUCGACUCGAGGUGCUGCAGGAGGGAGUGGAUCCGAUCCUCCAAGCCCUCUGGUACACACCUACUUUGAAGGAGAGUUCACAGGUAGCAAGGGCUCCUCUGGAGAGAGGGAGCACCAUUAUCAAGGAGUAGACUACGAGGGUGUCGGUCCGGAGGGUUCCCUGUCGCGCUCUUUCUCCCUCGGUAACCUUCGCAGCCCAACGUCGAUAACAGACUCUUACAUCGACAGAUCACCUAACCUUGGGUCUCUGGACCUCGCCUUUUCUUUCUCACCUGCAAACAUGCCAAACUGGAUGAACGAAAGACAAUUACCAUCUCUACCUCGCGAUGAAGUUCCACCAACUGAAGAAAACCCAUACGUUGUGUCCCCCAAGAAGGGUAGGUAUGCCUACGAAGACGUGAACAAUAUCUUCCCACCCACUCCUGCGCAGGGUGCCCAACAAACGGAAUAUGAAUCUGUCAGUAAUACAUCGGCAGAAGAAAUCAAUGUACAAAAUCAUGUCAUGCGGCAAAGCACGUUUUCAGAGGGAUAUGUAGACUCUAAUCUUGUUCGAUCACAGACAGACAGUUUUCAACCCAAUACUGCAAGGAUAGUCACACAAGAAUCUGCCAAUUUGGCACACUCGGCCAUCGUUGAACCGGGCGUGAUGUACGCACAGGUUGUAGCAUCGGUUCCAGCUCCAGAAGCGGAACCAAAGGAGAAACGGAAAUCAUUCAAAGCCAGGACACUAGAGCGAGUCAAGAUGAAAAAAGCAAAAUCCCUUGUGGACCUUUCCGUAACCCCAAAAUCUCCUGAGCGAAGAUCAGUGGCACUCGAAGACAUGGACAAUACAAAGGUAACUAAUAGUCUAGGGCGUCCAAAGAAGAUGAAGAAAUCUAAAUCGAAUCCAAACCUGCUGUCGGAGCAACCCUCUUCAACUCCUGAGGUCGCACAACAUUUCAUCUCGCCAAAGAAAGGUGCAGACAUCAAACAGUCCCCUGUGACAGGGGUACGCAGGAAGUUUGGUUUGGGACUGAAGAUGAUGAGGCAGAAGAGUCGGAGCCAGGAUGAGGAAGGUGGCGGGGAGAGUCCAGGAAAACCCAAAGUUUUGCCAAGUUUUGCCAAAAUAGACGUCAAAGGCAUCUCUACAACGGACAAGACAAAGUCCUACUCCAGAAGAUCACAAGGUCAGCUGAGUGAUCUACCGCUCGAUGGUGCCGUCGAUGCGAAGAUCAAACAGGCAAAGGAGAAAGGAGGGGCAGCGGGAAAGAGACAGCGAACAGUGUCGGCAGGAUCUGCCAUGUCUGUUCAGUCUAUGUUGAACGAGCAAUCAAACUCUACUGGUAUGAUCACCAACCCCCUUGCGUUGGGUUCCCAGUCCCCUGGCGAGUCUUCGGAAGGACCGGAGCUGGAUGAGCAGGGUUACCUCUCGCCGUCGGAGAUAGGCUCUCCUGUCAAGAUGAUCGCGGAUCCUCUGAGUGAUAGACCGCUCCCAGAGCGCCCUCUUCCAAGCCCUCCGUCACAUUCCCAGAGUGCACCACUCUCAAAAGUCAGGGACGCCAAGAUCACACAGGUUUGGGAGCUUUGA